UUCUUUGAGAAAUGUUUUGACUUUAGUGCCCAUAUGUGUUAGAUAAUUCCAACUCUCUUGAAUGUUUCAAUGUUUGGUAAUCCAAGCCCACCCUAUGCUUUAGCUUUGCAAAUGGUUCCCCAAGCAACUUUAGCUCCUGUAUGCUUCAUUUCUGGCCCUGUCCACAAGAAAUUUCUGAAAAUGCCAUUUAGUUCAGUGAUUACACUCUUUGGAAGGAUGAACAUGCCUGCCCAGUAAAUGAUUGUGCUGAAAAGAACAGAUUUGAUUAGGAGAAGCCUUAAGCAUAAGAUAAAUGCCUGCAUCACCAACUGGACUUGGAUUGUUCUUUUUGUUUUUUGUUUUUUUUGUUUGUUGUUUUUCAAAGUGAUUCCAAAAGUGUAUGACCAAAUAUGAACCGCGAAAGUACAUGACCCUUUUCUUAGUUUGUCUAUACAGUGCAUUCACUUAUCAAUGGAGAUGAAGAAAGGACAACCCAUCACCCAGUCAAAGAUACUUGUGGUGGUCUUUUAAAAAUAUUCAUGCUCAAGCUUUUCUAUCCGUUUCUUUUGCCAAUUUUUUUGAACUGGCGGCUAUAAAACUGAUAGGGCGGCAAAGGAAUGCCUUCUUUCUUUUCUUGUUCCUCUAUCCUCUGUCCUUCCCAGCUUUCGGUUUAUCAAAGCUCUUUUCUUGUUAAUUCCUCCAUCCAUUGUCUUCACCAGUUUAAUUUAUUAAAACUCUCUCUCUCUCUUAAACAACGUAGUUAUUGUAGUUCCUUUUUUUUGGGUAUAAGAAGAAUCCUAAAGACUUCGUUUGGCAUUCAUAAAAAAAAGGACUUUGUUAGGCCAUGGCCAUGGCAAAGUCUAUCUUUUACAAUGUAUCAGUGCUUUUCAUGCUUUUGUGUUUUGGUGUUAUUGAAGCAGCUCCUGAAGGUGCUCUGGUCACAAACCUUCCAGGGUUCAGUGGCACUUUUCCUUCAAAGCACUACUCAGGAUUUGUCACCAUAGAUGGGAAUCCUCCAAAGAAUCUAUUCUAUUACUUUGUCGCGUCCGAAAGAAACCCAUCAAAUGAUCCUGUUGUUUUGUGGCUCAAUGGGGGACCAGGUUGCUCUAGCUUUGAUGGCUUUGUUUAUGAACAUGGACCAUUCAAUUUUGAAGCUGGAAAGUCUAAAGGAAGCCUGCCCAUUUUACAUCUGAAUCCAUAUAGCUGGUCUAAGGUUUCCAACAUGAUCUAUUUGGACUCCCCUGCUGGUGUUGGCUUAUCUUACUCUCCAAACACCACCACAUACAAAACUGGGGACAUACAAACAGCCAAAGACACACACAAUUUUCUCCUCAAGUGGUUUGAACAAUAUCCGGAGUUCCUUUCCAAUCCAUUUUACAUCUCCGGAGAGUCUUAUGCUGGAGUUUAUGUGCCAACUCUUGCUUCUAAUGUAGCAGAAGGAAUCAAAAGUGGUGUGAAGCCCCUUAUUAAUUUCAAGGGUUACAUGGUAGGAAAUGGGGUCACAGACAGAGUAUUUGAUGGCAAUGCUCUUGUCCCAUUUGCACAUGGAAUGAGCCUAAUCUCAGAUGCUAUGUUUGAGGAAGCUCAAGCGGCUUGCAAAGGUAACUACUAUGAUACCAGCAGUGAGAGAUGUUCAAAUAUUCUUCGAAAAAUCGAUGAUGUUUUGGAUGGUCUAAACAUAUACGACAUCCUUGAGCCUUGCUACCAUGGUUUACCAAGUGGAAAAGACAAUGAUGUAAAUGGAAGCGCCAACAGCUUACCAUUAAGCUUCAAGCAAUUAGGAAAUAGUAGUGAGAAGCCUUUCGGAGUGAGAAAAAGGAUGUUUGGUCGUGCAUGGCCUUUCAGAGCACCAGCAAGAGAUGGCCUAAUGAAAUUGUGGCCUCAGUUAAUGGCAGAGGUCUAUGUUCCAUGCACGGAUGAUACGAUAGCAACUGUGUGGCUGAACAAUGAUGAAGUUAGGAAAGCAAUUCAUGCAAAUCCAGAAAGUGGACCUUGGGCCUUAUGCACGUCUAACCUAAGAUACUAUCGUGAUGCUGGAAGCAUGAUUAGCUACCACAAGAACCUCACCAUUCAGGGUUAUCGUGCGCUUAUAUUCAGUGGAGAUCAUGAUAUGUGUGUGCCACACACUGGGACCGAAGCAUGGACCAGAUCACUUGGAUAUCAGAUUUUGGAUGAAUGGAGGUCUUGGGUGUCUAAUGAUCAAGUUGCUGGGUACACACAAGGAUAUGCUAACAACCUCAUCUAUCUCACCAUCAAGGGAGCAGGGCACACUGUACCUGAAUACAAGCCACGAGAGUCAUUGGACUUCUACAGCCGUUGGUUGGAAGCAAAAGCCAUAUGAUAGAUACCUGCUCAAGAUGUUAAUUAUUUUUUUUAUUUACACAAGAAAUUGAAUAAUAUAAAAAUAUUUCAAAUUCACCAGAAAAGGCAAUGAAAAAAAAAAAAAAAAAAAAAAAACCAUCAUGCUCUUUGUUUCAUGUGCACCUCUCUUUGAAGAGCUGAUCCUCACUUGGUACUAGAACAACUUGCAAGAAAAAAAAUAAAGUAAAAAAAAGUGGUAUUCCAAAGUGUGUUUACAUACAUAUAUAUAUAUAUAUAUAUAUAUGUGUGUGUGUGUGUGUGUAAGUUGUUUUCAACUCAUGGGCACACCACAAUCCAAAAGAAAGUGAUAAUUUUUUUAUUAGAGGUCUCAAUGCAUCCAAAUUUGAGAUUUCACAGGUCACUGCCAUUUCUUAUAACUCCAAUUUAGCUGUCUAUUUAUAUUUUUGU